AUGACGACGACGACGACAUUAUCAACAACAACCACCUUUCCUUCUAUUCAAAACACAACAACCCCAGCAGCCAACAUAGAAGAACAUUUCUGCUUACAAAUCUUGUACAAAGAUAUCAGGGAUAGAGUUAGAAUCUGGGAUGUGAGCAUUCUGAUUCCAAAUGUUCUAUUUAUGCUCUUUCUUCUAUGGCGGUUUAAAACAGCCAUUGUUAAAUUGCGGAAUAGUAACAGUCCCAUUUACUUGGUGUUUUAUGCUUUGGUGGUGGUUGUUGUGUGCAUUAGUAUUCUUCGGUGUAUUGUUGCUAUGACAGUCAAUGCAUCAAUGGAAGCUGGGGAUGAUGCUGAUAAAAUCCUGUGGCUGAUUCUAAGAUUCUUCCUGCUUACUACUGAACUAUCUCUUGUCAUUUUUGGCUUUGCCUUUGGCCAUUUAGAUAGUCGAACCAGCAUCCAAAGAGUUUUGAUGGUCACAUCUGCAAUUGCUUUGAUUUACUCAACAACACAGGGUGUUCUGGAAUUCCAUCCUCCUUCCAAUACAAUCUUCAAUAACCAUUCCAAAAGAGAUUAUGAUCUCUUUGGUCAUGGUGGCAUGGAAUUUUGGUUUACAAGUUCUAUGUUUUUUUUCUUAGUGUAUACCGUCAUCACCCUGUUACCAUAUACAAGAUUCCGCCACAGAUUGCCUUUGCCAUCCAAGCGAAGCUUUUAUUAUUAUUGCGGUCUGUUGGCAGUUCUGAAUUGUCUUCAAGCACUUGGAAGUGCACUGUUGUACUAUGAAUAUACUUCAGGACUUUGCAUUGUUGAUGUGACCACAUACCUGUAUUUCUCAUUUUUUGAUCCCCUUGUGUAUGGAACAUUCCUUGAAGAACUUUUUGUGAGUGUUAGUCCCAGUAUUCCGUUCUCCUACCGUCCACAGUUGGACGAGGCUGGAGAGGAGGACUCUGUGAAUAUCCCUUGCCAUGGGCCCCAGGUGAAAGUGUAUGCAGAUGAUGCAGGUAGCGGUACUGGCAGCUACGACAGCACUCAUUUUGACAAGCAGGUGGGGUUUAAUCCGUCCCUCAACAGUGUCCCCACCAACGUAGCCGCCACUACCGUUGGAGCAACCCCUUCCUCUCUCCCUGUGGCCAGCAGCAACAUCAAUAUUGCAUCAAUGAUGCCGCACGUAUCCAUCAACAGUGACUACUAUCAGAGCUAUUCUUGA